AUCGACCACAUGACCAAGAUGUUUUGUAUUUUUAAAUUAUAUUCAGUUGUAAAUUGCGGAUAAUUAACUGCCGCCACUGGCUAGUCCACUCAGUUACCACCACGUGCAGACGUAAAACAAUAGUCGGCGGUUUUAAUUACGACCGCCUUACUUGUUUCAUGUACAUAAGAUUUUUAAACUAUAAACUAAUAAUAAAAUGAUACUCAUGCAACUGAUGAUUGUCUUUUUAUUGUACAAAACGUUUAAUUUUGUCAGUGACCAUGAUCAUCUUUUCUAUUACAUUGCUUUCAAUUAUAUUUUCGUGUGGCUGAAGAGCUGCAAACUGUAUGCGCUGAAAUAACGAUAAAAGAAAGAUUAAUAAAGUGAUAAACAUACUAAGUGUAAAAUAAAAUUAAUACAUGUUUUCAGUGCAUCACACAUGUAAGGAGGAUGCUGUAGAUGUGUAUGACGUACACUGAAGCCAGCUGUGUUAUAACUUAAACAGCGACCUCAGUGUUAACUCAACUUCUGACAUGAAUAGUCCACAAAUAAAAGUAUUUUUAAUGUUUUAAUUUGCAUUUACAGGUAUAUGUUUUAUGACUGAGUCACAUUUAAAGCUUAUGCACGUUACCUUAUUGUAGCUGGUUCUUCUGAUGUUUUCUUAGCACUGAAGAUGGGCACACGUGACCGAAAUCCACAUACGUAAUAAACAUCAUCUGAAACCUCUUGCUGUACCCUUUCCUGCUUUACUUUUUCGAGAUGAUAAUCAAGACUUUAUGAGUGCGUCUCGUUGUGGGAACACGUGCCAAGCACACCAUUUUUCAGACAUCACCGUGGAGGAGGUUGACUGAGCCUUUGGCGCAGCGCCAGGCGUGUGCGCACGUGAUGACGUGACGUGUCCGCUUCAUUACGGCAGCGCGCGUCCUUCCGUAGGCAGUCGGCUGGGAGCGUUGCGCUGCACAAUCACUACGCCGCCGCCCGCUUUCCGAAUGCAGCUUAGUGUGAUACGUCAGUUUCCUCCCUGUGUAUAAAUCUCGACAUUAAGGUUUCAAUUAAUUUGAAUACUGAGAGCACCGUACACGACGAUGAAGCUGACGAGCAAUACCGGAAGGAAACUGAAAAGAUCAGAAUUGCGGGAGCAGUCAAAGCUCACCGUGCGUCCACGUAAAGUUUAGCUGUAGACGUGUUCCUCGGAGGCGGCCAGCAUGAGCGUGGUGCUGCAGUCGUGGCUGGGGGACCUGGCGGCCGUCGCACUGGUGGUGUUGGCGGCGGCGUACGUGUGGUUCUCGCACCGCUUCACCUACUGGACCAGCAGGGGCGUGCCCCAGAGGCAGCCGCAGUUCCCCUUCGGCAACGUCAGACAGAGCCUCCUGGGGCAGACACGCUUCGAGUUUGUGGUGCAGGACAUCUACAACGAACUCAAAGGUGAAAAAUAUUUUGGAAUGUACGGAUUCAGCAGACCACUCCUUGUGUUGAGAGAUCCAGACCUCAUUCGACUAGUGCUGGUCAAGGACUUCGAUUCUUUCAACAACCGCGGCGUUCCUUUCAACGAUCGGGAACCGCUGAACCACAAUCUGUUCUUUUUAACUGGAGUCAAAUGGAGGAGGCUGCGAAACAAGUUGACGCCGACAUUCACGACCGGGAAGCUAAAGAUGAUGUGUCAGACGAUGCAGGACUGUGGCCGGGAGAUGCUGGAGGUACUGGAGGAGUCGGCACGCCGAGGCGAGGUGUUGGAAAUGAGGGAGGUGUCCGCCAGGUACGCCACUGACGUCAUCGCGUCGGUCGCCUUCGGCGUGGAGUGCAACUGCCAGAGGAACCCGGAGGCCGAGUUCCGACAGUGGGGGCGCAAGGUGUUCCAGCCCAGCCUCAAGAACAGAUUUUCCAUGUUCAUGCACGAUUUCUUCCCUACUCUGGCCAAGCUGUUGGGGAUUGGUGGCGGAACGGAGGAAGUGUCGCAGUUCUUCCGAAGCAUGGUGAGAGAGACGGUGGAGCACCGUGAGAAGAACAGCGUGACACGCAACGACUUCAUGCACCUGCUGAUACAGCUCAAGAACAGGGGCUUCGUUGACGAGGAGAAGGCGCAUGCUGCCACGGAUCAAAACACGGAGGUCGACAACUGGAAACUGUCGCUGGAUGAUGUGGCAGCACAGGCGUUUCUUUUCUUCCUCGCUGGAUUCGAAACGUCGUCAACGACAAUGAGCUUCGCGCUGUACGAGCUGGCCCUCAACCUGGACGUGCAGAAGAGACUACAGGAUGAGGUGGACGCCACGAUGAAGAAGAACAACGGACAGCUGACGUACGAAGCCAUCUCGGAGAUGUCGUACGUCGACAAGGUCGUCGCAGAGACACUGAGAAAGUAUCCUCCGGGUGCAAUACUUGUUCGAAAAUGCAAUCGCAAAUACCAGUUUCCGAAUGGCGGCCUUGAACUCGACGAGGGGAUCCCCGUUAUCAUACCGACCUACGCUAUGCACCAUGACCCCGAGUACUUCCCAGAACCUGACCGUUUCGAUCCGGAGAGGUUCUCGGACGAGCAAAAGGCAAAGAGACACCCCUACGUCUACUUGCCGUUCGGGGAAGGUCCCCGCAACUGCAUUGGUAUGCGAUUGGGCCUUCUGCAGGCCAAGAUAGGACUAGCAUAUCUUACAUCCAAGUAUGAAGUGCAGUGCUGUGAACAUACCGCAGUGCCUAUUGAGUUCAAUAAGGUAUCCUUCAUCCCUAUGCCUGCUGGCGGAGUACAGCUGCGCUUAGCCAAAAGGGCUUAGGCACAACAAAGCUCAUGUACCAUAUUUUUUUUAAUUUAACGGUUGUAAGAGGUGAAGACUGCUUUAAUUUCUCACCUUAUAUACAUAUUAUACCUAAUAAAAAAUUACAUGUUCAUUGCUUUUAUUCCAAUUAGUAUAUAUAACAAUGUGCAAUGAAUAAUUACUGUUUCUUUU